UCUGCCUGUUCAUUGAACUGAGUCAGCGGCCGUGCGCAAAUGGAACCAGAGCAGGGCUGUGCGGUGUAGGCUGUAGACUAUAUAAGAUCUCUGCCUGCAGGACUUCACACGCACUGCCGACUGAAAAUCACAGGCAGCAGCUCCAGCUUUGACGUCAUCUUCCACAGAUUGUAUGAGGAAACCAUAAAUCCAGGAUAGCCUGACGGGUACCCCGGUCGGGAUCUCUCCAACAGCCCCCCUCCUCCUCCUCCUCCUCUUAUUACUGACCAUCUCGGACCACCGAUGCAGAGAGCAGCAGCGAUGCGGCGGCUCUGCUGUUAACUCGCUGGACCAUUUGCUCUCUGUUGUUGCCUGGGUUUUUUUUUUUUUUUUUGUAUCUAAAGGAGGCAGAAUAAAUCCACAAUGAAGCUCAAACCGAACCAGACCAGGACAUACGACGGCGAGGGCUUCAAGAAACGAGCAGCAUGUCUGUGCUUCAAGAAUGAACGUGAGGAAGAGGUUCUGCUGGUCAGCAGCAGUCGGCACCCGGAGCAGUGGAUCGUCCCCGGAGGUGGGAUGGAGCCAGAGGAGGAGCCAUGUGGUGCCGCAGUGCGAGAGGUGUUUGAGGAGGCCGGUGUGAAGGGCAAGCUAGGACGUCUGCUCGGCGUGUUUGAGCAAAACCAGGAUCGGAAGCACCGGACGUACGUGUAUGUGCUGACUGUCACAGAAACACUGGAGGCCUGGGAAGACUCCGUCAACAUAGGUCGUAAGAGGGAGUGGUUCCCCGUCGACGAGGCCAUCAAAGUGCUGCAGAGCCACAAACCCGUCCACGCCGACUACCUGCGGAGGCUCCAGCUCAGCUGCUCCCCGACCAACGGAAACUCCAUCCUCCCGAGCCCGCCACCCAAUGACAACUACCCCCAUUACAGCGCCACCGCGACCUCGCCCUCGACGGGUAACGUGUUGGGCUCCUCCUGCAGAUAGGACUGCACCUAAAACCGCGUGCGCUGUCCAGCUCGGAUGGUUCACUGAAAGUCUGUACAGUCUUGCAUGAAUCUAAUGACUUUUCAGAGUUGCGGCUCUCCUGUAUGUAUCAUUUCUAUAGUCUUAGCUGCAGGACGGACCAAAGCCGUCACCAGAACUGUGUUGAAGACUCGUGUGACAGGGCAGGAGACGUCUCUGACAGAAAGACUGUGAAUAUCUCAAGAACACUUUUUCUUUUGCUGGCGAACACCAGACCGAAGAAGCUGCACACUCAGCUGGCGUGAAUGAGCUGGUGAAGGAAUGCCUUACAGAAACUUUGUAUGAAUGUUGUAUUUGGGUUGUUUUUCUCUCACUAAUGGUCUUUCUUUUUUUUUUUUUAAGCAGAAUGGAAAUGCUUUCUAGUCAUUAAAAGAGUAAUUGACCCCCAGAGCACAUCCAUGCGGGGAUGAGACACCAGAGCAUUGAUAUCUUUCAAGGUUUUCCUCUGUUGUUAAUGUAGGUUAGAUCUCCUUUACACCGUGUAAUAAUCAAUUGUUGACAUAACUAGUUAAUUUGAACAUAAUGUUAAAAAUAUAGAUACAAGAUAUUUUACACAAUGAAAACAAACUAAAUAAAAUAGAAAACGUCAUGCCAGAAAUGGCUUGUGGUCGUCAAUGCCAGGGUCAAGGGUCAAGGGUCAGAGACGUAUUAUCUGUCAGGAUAGCGCCAGCUGUCGGUGAGUUGAUACCUCAGUAAACUGGAUCGGAGUCGUGCCGUCGUGUUCGAUAUCCUUUGACAGAACACUGCUGUGUUCAUAGUUAAACUGCAGCCAGUGCCCACAGACAUUAGGUCUCCACUAACCUUGAUCGAUCCAACAAACUGGACUAUUGACUGUUUGAAGCCACAUGCCAGUGUUACGGUUUCCCACGUUUUUUUGAAGUGAAAGUAUUUACUGGUGUAAAGUCUUUUCCUUCGGUUUGAAGUGCUGCUAUAGGGUCAUUUGAGUCUAUCUCAACUCUGGUAAUGAAAGAAGUGGAUUUUCUUUAAAUGAAAAUAAUCAUGGUUGACUGCUCUUUGCAUUAAUGUUAGCGUUUUUAUCAUGUCUCAUUUGGUAAAACAGACCACCAAAUGACAUCAUUUCCAUGUACGAUAUGAUUGUUUUUCCUACCAUCUGCUACUAACUAAGAUUACUAGCACUUUGGGCUUCGACUAAUUAUUUUAUUUCUGGAUUAACCUUGGAUUAUUUUCUUGGUUAACCUUCUAAUGAUUUGGUCUAUAAAUUGUGAAAAAUCAUGGCUUUUAAUGCAGUUUUAAUAUAAAUAUUUGGUCAUGAUUUUGGGUGCAUGGUGGGGUCUAAGAUUUUAAAUAUACUAAGAUUUUAAAUAUGAAGACAGAAAUCCAAGGAAAAAAAGGCUCAAAUUGGCAGUUAUUUUUUGUUCACUGAAAAGAGACACCCUCACUCCUGUGUUGACCGCUGAAUGACGACUGGAACCCGUAUACAGAGAUCUGUAAAUAGCUUUGAAGAGAAACAUUUAACGUGUUUUUAACCUGAAUGUAUACCUGUACAAUUUCUCUGAAUAUUUUAUAUAUUUUUUAACAAUGUAGGCCUACAAAUGGCAGGAUAAAACCAACGUGUAGAAAACCCACUGAGGACAGUAUGUACAGUAUAUUUGUAUCGAUGACAAUGUGCCACGGGUUCAGGAUGUAAAGGUUGGCUGGUGGUUGAAUUCUAAAUCAUGAUCUGGUGAAAUCAGUCUUUGUGAGGAUGGUGGAGAAGUUAACUUGGAAAAAAAAAAAAAAUGACAGACUGGAUCUGGGGAUGCAUUCUUUUUUUUUUUCUUCUUUUUAAGAAAGUGUAUAUAACAUCCUGCUAAUCAACUUGUGUGUGUCAGAUGCACAAGACUGAGUAGAGACAUCAAUUAUGAAAUGGGUUUUUUAAAUAUUUUUUGGGGGAAAAACAAAAUCAGUUUUUGAAAAUGAAGGCAGGACAGUAUGAUCAGGGGAAUGUUUUGGAAGCUUUGGUAAGAUGCUGAAAAAAGACAUGUUUAUUCAACUGUAAUGAACACAUACUGUUUAACACUGUUUUAAGUUUUCCCAUGUGACCUAGAUGUAUGCUUCAAAACUCUGCAAUAUCAAAAGCUUUAAAACACCAAUUCCAAGUUCCAUAAAAUGUCAGCCUUGUUCGAUUGGUCAUGUUAGGACUCCAGCCACCUCAAGCCUUUGUGUGUGUGUGUGUGUGUGUGUGUGUGUGUGUUGAUGAACGUGAAAUAUGAUGUGCCAAAUUGCAAAAAGUGUUAGGUGGGUAAAUUUGUAAUGUCAUAAUAUACAUAUCAUUUUUGGCCAACUGCUUUGUGAAAAAGAAUGAUCUCAAACAUUGUAAUUUAAGAAUAUAAUCAUUUAGAGAUUGAUAUUAAGACCAAGGAACACAGGCACGUAUUAUUCUUUUUUUUACCCCAUAAUGUGUUUUAAUUACACUUGUCACGUAGCUGAGCAUAUAAGACUUCACUAGAAUCAAAAUAACAUAAAUUUAACAUAAACCCAUUCAUCUCGAUGUUUUGCAGCUGAGACAUCUUCCUUCACUUCCUGGAGCCUUUUGUUUGAUGCUCGGGGUCUAUAUGCUGAUCUGAGAACACUCCAUUUAUGAGUAAUGCAUGAGAGUCAGGAUAAGAAUCCCACAAAUGAAAUGUAUGUGCUCGUGUACAAAAAAAUGAAGACUGCCUGGACACGAGCGUCCACUAAAUGCACGGUGGAUUUGAACAGCUUGAUUGUCUGCUGAACACAUUGUAAUGUCACAUGGAUGUAAACCAGAGCAUUUUACUCAAAGCAAACUUAAGCUUUCUCACCGUUCUGUCACCAACAUUAUGCACAGAAAAGUUUAAGGUGAAAGGGAUUUGAUGACGUAGACUGGAAAGAUUGUUUUUGAGACAAGAUUGCAUUAAAAGGGGAAAAAAAUCGUAUUGUA